UUUAUUUUCAGUGUGGAGAGCUGUUCACCUCUCAGGUUCACAUCAGCUCUGAUCAGUUGGUAAUAAUCUUGAUGUGGACUGGGCCGGCCUCACCAGGUCACAUGGCUGCAACAUUUACUCACUCAUGCACUUAGUGGGGGCAGGCCUGAGGUGUGUGUGUGUGUGUGUGUGUGUGUGUGUGUGUGUGUGUGUGUGUGUGUGUGUUUGAGGAGGGUGUGUGCUGGAGUGGAGAGGUGAGACAGAGAGAGAGAGAGAGGCAGAAGGAGAGAGAUGCUGCACCUGUGUGUGAUCACCUGAGAAGAAGAAAAUUAACAGAGAGGAGGUGAAGAAGAAGAAUUUUCUGGCAUGGCGGCAAAGUUUCACAUCUGAGAGAAUCUGCAGCAGCAGCUCGUCAUCAAACAGGUCGUUGCCCCCGUGUGUGUCGGUGCCAUGGCUGACCCCAGCUGGUGGAAGCUGACCUUCUCCCGCAAGAAGAAAUCCGAGUCCAAGGUCCUGUACGAGAUCCCGGCCGAGUACGGCACCAACACGGGACACAAAGAGACACACUCGACCUACAGCCCGGCUCCGGACCACACGGACAGCCAGUUCAACGCCCGACUGGAGAAGAUCGUUGACAAAUCUGCCACCAAGGGGCGCCACGUCAAGGUGUCCCACUCCGGACGCUUCAAGGAGAAGAAGAAGGUCCGAGCCUCGCUGUCGGAGAACCCGAGCCUGUUCUCAGAGCACGGCCUCAGCGACGAGAACCACAAAAACAAGACAGACAAAUAGCAGCAAAACAAACUGGAUCACACGUGUCAUAUCAGCAAAAUAUACACAAUAAUCAUGUGGCACAACAUGUGCACCACACCCAGAUACACACUCUGCAGACACACACUCAGAUACACACUCUGCAGACACACACUCAGACACACACUCACACCCUGACACAUUCUGCAGACACACACCGAGCAGAUACACACACACGCUCAGCAGACUCACAACCAGAUACACACUCAGACACACAUUCUGCAGACUCACACACACACACACUCUGCAGACUCACACACCCAGACACACACUCUGCAGACUCACACACACACACUCAGACACACACUCUGCAGACACACACACACACACUCUGCAAACUCACACACCCAGACACACUCUGCAGACUCACACACACUCUGACACACACUCUGCAGACUCACACACACUCUGACACACACUCUGCAGACUCACACACACUCUGCAGACUCACACCCAGACACACACUCUGCAGACUCAAACACACUCUGACACACACUCUGCAGACUCACACACACCCAGACACACACUCUGCAGACUCACACACACUCUGCAGACUCACACCCAGACACACACUCUGCAGACUCAAACACACUCUGACACACACUCUGCAGACUCACACACACCCAGACACACACUCUGCAGACUCACACACACUCUGCAGACUCACACCUAAACAAACAGCUGUUAUCAGCAUCACUAAACAAACUACUGGAGACAUUUCGUCUUGUUUCUCUCUUUCUGGGUUAUUUAUCUCCAUGCAAACAUUAUGAAUGAACUUUAUUGUAAAUUUAUUUUUAUUAUUAUGGAUUUUUUUGGAAUGAAACCUCCUUUUUUAAAAUCAGUAUAGAAGAAGAAGAAGAAAUGUGUGUGUGUACAGUGCAACCAAAAUAAAUUUUUAUUACAUUUUUAUGCAAAAACAGACUUGAUUUUAAUGUCAGAAAUAUUGUGGAUGCAAAUAUGAUAAAUUAUAUUAUAGAUAAAAGCAAUAAAAAUGCAGUUUGUAUGAUCUUUUCUUGAAUCCAAAAGCAAAAAAAAAAAUGUAUUUUGUUUUUAAUAAAUGUAACAAGAUGAGUUAAUAAGAAAAGAGUGCUUUGUGUUUGUGCAGGAUUAUAACAAUCAUGUGAACAUGCGGAUCAAUGAUUCAGAGAUGUGUGUGUUCAUCUGGUGUCAGGUUGCAGUGUGUGUGUGUGUGUGUUGCCACGGUGAUGUAAGCAGACACUGAAACCUAACACGCCGAGCUGCAGCCUCUUCUAAUGUCCAGACUGACUCACAGCUGAUCACACACAAUCAGACAAUUAUCUUUUGUGUUACAGGGUUUCUGAAAUGUUUAAAUAUGCAAAUUGUGCAUUAUGUUAUUUAAUAAGGGCUCAUUUGCAUG